AUGGCCUCGGAGAAAGACGAUAUGAAGACGCCGGGUGCCGUGAUACCUCAGGGCAGCGACGCGGCCGAGGUCGGAUCAAACACUCCUUACAUCGAUCCCGAAAAGGAAAAACGAAUUGUGCGCAAGUUUGAUUAUCUGGUGAUGCCUCAGUUUGUUAUCAUGAUGCUUCUCGCCUACCUCGACCGUAGCAACAUUGGCAAUGCCCGCAUCUUUGGUUUCGAAAAGGAUCUCGGACUCAAGGGCAACGAGUUUGCCAACUUGUCCUCGCUCUUCUAUGUUACAUAUGUUGUCUUCGAGAUCCCCUGGGUCCUCGCCCUGAAGAGGUGGGGCGCGAACUUGGUCAUCGGGCUUGCCAUCGUCCUCUGGAGUGCCGUUACCAUAGGUUCCGGCUUCGCAAAAAACUACCACCACGCCAUUGCCGGGCGACUUUGCUUGGGGUUCGCCGAGGCUGGCCUCAUGCCGGCCCUCACGUUCCUCAUCUCUACCAUCUUCCCGCGUGAGAGUCAGGGCUUGCGUGUGGCCGUUCUAUAUGGCGCCAUGGCUCUCUCUGGUGCCUUCGGUGGUCUCAUCGCGUACGGCAUCCAGAAGAUGGGAGCCCAGCGCGGCCUGGAAGCUUGGAGAUGGCUCUUCAUCAUAGAAGGGGUCAUCUCGCUUGCAUUUGGCAUGCUCUGUUGGUUCUCGCUACCCAAGACUGCCGACAAUGCCUGGUUCCUGAAGCCGGAUGAGAAACAGCUGAUGAGAGACCGCCGUAUCAGAGACGCUGCUUACACCGGAUCCGAUGAGUUUUCCUGGGCCUAUGUGAGGAUGGCGUUCGCAGACCCCAUGGUAUGGGUGGCAGCUAUCAGUCUCUUCUGUGCCGGGAUCCCUCUGUUCGGCUACGGCAUUUUCUUGCCUACGAUCAUCCGUGGCCUCGGGUUUCAAUCCACUGCAGUAAACGCCUUGACCAUUCCGGUGUACACUGUAGCCUGCAUUCUCUUAGGUGUCAUUUGCACCAUCUCGGAUCGCUUGAAGAAGCGCGCUAUUGUCGCACUGCUCGUUCCUAUCAUCGUCAUUACCGGUUAUGCCAUAGCCAUUGGUACUCCAUCGAACGGAGCAGGCUUCUUCGCCAUGUUCCUAUGCGCUGGUGUCUACACCUACAACACCCUUCUAGUCGCCUGGGUUUCCAACAACAUCAAACCCGACCACAAGCGGAGCGCUGCCUUGCCACUCAUGAUCUCCGUCGCCAACAUCUCCGGUAUUGCUGCUAGUCAGGUGUACCCAGACUCUAGCGCCCCGCGAUUCAUCAUGGGCAACGCUGUAAGUCUCUCGACCGAGUUCGCUGCUGCGUGUGGCAUCGUCGUGAUAUGGCUCAUGCUCCGGCGCCGGAACAACAUCAAGGCGAAGCAACGGGCUGAAGGCAUUGAAGACAAUGGUGAAGUGGGCGACAAGUCCCUGGAUUUUGAAUACAUCCUGUAG